AUUUGAAAGUGGUCCCCACACGCAAAAGAUAACAUUAAACAUGUCCAAUAUCUCUAUCUCGAUCCCGAACCUAACCUCAGCUUCCCUCAUCAAAUCUCAUUCCCCCUCCGUACUGAAAGCUAUUAACUAUCAUUAACUCCAUAAAUCGCCCAGCCGCUCACGGAGGCUCGUGGCAUACGACGAUGAGCCACGUCGUGUCAAACCUCCGGUACUGGCUGGUCAACCACCCUACGAUUCUCCACUUCUCGUGGAUUCCAGGUCAAACUCCAGCCUCCACCCCACUCUUCCUCACUCUCUCUCUCAUCUUCUACCUCUCUCUCACCUUCCUCCUCCGCCGCCUCCCACUCUCCCCCAUCAACCCCGUACUACUCAAACCAAUCACAGCCGUCCACAACCUCAUCCUCUUCCUCAUCUCCCUCAUCAUGGCCGUCGGAUGCACCCUCACCAUUCUCUCCCCCAACACUCCAAACCUCGAUUGGAUCCUCUGCUUCCCACCCAACACCUCCCCGACCGGGCCCCACUUUUUCUGGGCCUACGUCUACUACCUCUCAAAAAUCCUCGAAUUCUUCGACACCCUCUUCAUCAUCCUCAGCGGGUCCAUUCAACGGCUCUCCUUUCUCCACGUAUACCACCACGCGACAGUGCUGGUCAUGUGCUACUUAUGGCUGCACACGUGCCAGUCCCUAUCCCCAGUGGCGCUCGUGACCAACGCGUCAGUGCACGUGCUCAUGUACGGGUACUACUUCUUGUGCGCGGUCGGGAUCCGGCCCAAGUGGAAGCGGGUCGUCACGGAUUGCCAGAUCGUGCAGUUUUUGUUCAGCUUCGUGGUGUCGGGUCGGAUGCUGUACUUGCACUUCACCGGGUCGGGUUGCUCCGGGAUUUGGGGCUGGUGCUUCAACGCUGCGUUUAACGCCUCUCUCUUGGCCCUGUUUAUUGACUUUCACGCCAGGAGUUAUGCCAAGAGACAGAAUAUGGUAUCGCGUCAAAAGAAUAAAAGCUCAUGAAUGUUUUGAUCAGUCUUCAUCGAGUGGUGGUUGUGCUUCUUGUCUUUAUGGAUGUCAUUUAUUGAACGGCUACGAUUAGUUGAGUACUUGAGUACAUUGUAGAUUCAUUAUUCCUCCACUCGAACAAUUUUAAUUUUUCAGUGUAUUUGAAACACAAUUACGUGCCGUUAUUGAUUAAGUGUAUUCUUAUUAUAUGGAAUGAUACAACUUGUGUUCCAAUUACA